UUGGCGCUUGCGUGGACAAUGCACUGAAGCAAGAUGGCGGCGCCCAGCCUCCCGACGCCGUUGCACGGGCAUGUGGGCCGCGGCGCCUUCAGCGACGUGUACGAGCCCGCGGAGGACACGUUCCUGCUCCUGGACGCUCUCGAGGCGGCGGUGGCCGAGCUCACGCGAGUGGAAAUAUGCCUGGAAGUAGGGUCAGGGUCUGGAGUGGUAUCCACAUUCCUAGCCUCCAUGAUAGGUCCUCAGGCUUUGUACAUGUGCACUGAUAUCAACCCUAAGGCAGCAGCUUGUACCCUGGAGACAGCACGCUGCAACAAAGUUCAUGUACAACCCAUAAUUACAGAUUUGGUCAAAGGCUUGCUACCAAGACUGAAGGAAAAAGUUGACCUUCUGGUGUUUAAUCCCCCCUAUGUAGUGACUCCACCUGAAGAGGUAGGAAGUCACGGAAUAAAGGCGGCUUGGGCCGGUGGCAGAAAUGGUCGUGAAGUCAUGGACAGAUUCUUCCCACUGGUUCCAGAUCUCCUUUCGCCAAGAGGGUUAUUCUAUUUAGUUACCAUUAAGGAAAACAAUCCAGAAGACAUUUUGGAAACAAUGAAGGUGAAAGGUCUUCAGGGGACUACUGCCCUUUCCAGGCGAGCAGGCCAAGAAACCCUCUCAGUCCUGAAGUUCACCAAGUCAUGACACAGUGUCCGCUCUGUGUUAAUAUUAAACAAUAUGUAUCACAUUGAGCAUAGAUAUGACUACAUAUUAUACUGAAUAUAUAUGUUGAAUGUAUUCACCAUAUUUGGAAACUAAAGUCAUUUCUUGGUUAACAAGUAAAAUUGUCAGAAAUGUGUCUCCUAGAGAAAGGUGGGAAGGCAGGUCAAGUUGUCUUUUACCUGGGAAUCAAGCCUACAAAAAUGUUUGCAUAAACGCAAGGAGAUACAAACAUGUAUAAUUUGCAUUUACAUAUAAAAUAUAUUUAUAUUACAUACGAAAGGACAUUCAUUUCAGCAUUGCCUAUAAUAGCAAAACAAGGAAGUCAGCCUAUUUGCCCAUCAUAAAAGGGUUGGUAUAAGAAGUUACAGUAUGUCCAGGACACCAAAUGUAAAUGGCAUCCAGCCAUCCAACAAGUCAGAUCUGUAUGGACUGAACCCGAAGGGGUUCAUGAUGUACUACUGAGUGGGGAAAAUAAGCAAAUUACAAAACAGUAUUAUUCUACUAAAGCAUAAAAAAAAAAAACCCAGAAGGGUAGGUUUGUCUGUGUACAUAAGAGUCUCAGAAGUCACCUGGUGGAAAUGGAGGAACUUCUGCUCUUUUGUGGUAGCAGCUGCACAAGUAUAGUGUAUUACUUACAUUAUUUUAACAAGUUUGUUUCUAUUUCUCCCUCUCCCUCUAUUUGAAAUCAAUAAAGAGAUACUAUAAAAAGAAAGAAAAUUAAAUUUUUUUUAAAAAAUAAAUUUAAAAAAUAAAAUGCCUCUGCUUUUGUUCUUCUGCCUGGUGAGACUUCCCUACCUUUGUCCUUUAUCACAGACUUGUCCUCUUUCCUAUAUACCGCAAAAUACUAUACGUGCUCUUAAGUCAGGGAGAACCCUGUGUAAAUAAACACACCAUCAAGUGGGGGACAUGCCUGUCCAGGAAAGUCUAGAGGAACAAGGGUGGAGGCUUCUUUAUCUGCUCUUCAAGAUUAACUAUAGGCAUUUUUUAAAGAAAAAACCUGUGUAGAAUUAACACAGAUAAACAGAUCAGUAGAACAGAAGAGAGCCUGGAUACCAGUCCACACCCCCUGCCCCCAGGAUUGGGAUUUGGUGACAUAAGAGGCACCAUAAACAUGGGGAUGGGAAUACUACUUAAGUGAUGCUGUGAGAACCGGCUGUCAACAUGGCUUAGGAGUUCCACCUUACAACAGUCACAAAACUAAAUUCAGGUGAAUCAGGCAUAGUAUUUUUUUAAAACCUCAGGGAACGAACAAAAUUUUAAAGAAUGACAAGUGUUACUACAUUUAACUGGAAAAUACACAAUUAAAGACAGUCACAGACCACAUUACAGUGAAUCCCUGUCGCCCUGGCUGUGUGGCUUGGUUGGCUGGGCAUCAUCCAGUGC